GGUAACCAACAGUCCAACAUCGGCGGAGGCCCCGGGGGCGAUGGAAGGGAUGAUAAGGAUAAAAAGAAGGACAAGCCCAGAUACGAACCACCUCCCCCUCCCACGACUCGUCUUGGGCGUAAGAAGCGUAAGGCUGCCGGCCCAAGUACAGCUUCCAAGCUCCCCGACAUCUUCCCAACAUCACGAUGCAAACUACGAUACUUGCGAAUGCAACGAGUCCACGACCACUUGUUGCUAGAAGAAGAAUACGUCGAGAAUAUGGAACGUUUACGCAAGACCAAGGCACAGGCAGCACAAGAUUCCGUCAGCAGAAGCGAGUUCGAUAUCAUGGACCGAAAUGCAGACGAGAGGGGUCGCGUCGAUGACAUGAGAGGCACUCCCAUGGGAGUCGGUAACUUGGAAGAGUUGAUCGACGACGACCAUGCCAUUGUUUCCAGCGCUACCGGGCCAGAGUACUACGUUUCCAUUAUGUCCUUUGUUGAUAAGGACUUGCUGGAGCCUGGUGCUAGCAUUCUGCUACACCACAAGUCUGUCUCCGUUGUGGGUGUGCUCACCGAGGAGUCCGACCCAUUGGUGUCGGUGAUGAAACUUGACAAGGCACCGACGGAGUCUUAUGCGGACAUCGGUGGUCUUGAGACUCAGAUUCAAGAGGUUCGAGAAUCCGUCGAACUUCCGCUUCUCCACCCUGAGCUGUAUGAAGAGAUGGGUAUCAAGCCCCCCAAGGGUGUCAUUCUCUACGGUGCCCCGGGAACCGGAAAAACACUGCUUGCCAAGGCAGUUGCCAAUCAAACGAGUGCCACUUUCCUCCGGAUUGUCGGUAGUGAACUUAUCCAGAAAUACCUCGGUGACGGACCUCGUUUGGUGCGACAGAUUUUCCAGGUUGCUGCGGAACACGCUCCUUCCAUUGUCUUCAUUGAUGAAAUUGAUGCCAUCGGUACGAAGCGUUACGACUCUACAUCGGGUGGUGAGCGAGAAAUUCAGCGUACGAUGCUUGAGCUUCUUAACCAGUUGGACGGUUUCGAUGACCGUGGAGAUGUCAAGGUUAUCAUGGCCACUAACAAGAUUGAAACACUUGACCCUGCUUUGAUUCGUCCUGGUCGUAUUGAUCGAAAGAUUCUCUUCGAGAACCCUGACCAAAAUACCAAGAAGAAGAUCUUCACCCUGCAUACAUCCAAGAUGUCACUCGGUGAUGACGUCGAUCUUGACGAGUUUAUCAACCAGAAAGACGAUCUUUCAGGUGCGGACAUCCGAGCGAUCUGUACCGAAGCCGGCUUGAUGGCUUUGAGAGAACGCCGCAUGAGAGUGCAAAUGGAGGAUUUCCGCUCCGCUAGAGAGCGUAUCAUGAAGACGAAGCAAGACGGAGGUCCUGUGGAAGGCUUAUACCUUACAUCUCAUAAUGGACGGGUUCGACGAAGAAGCUUUCAAGAAGUUCUUCCCGGGAAGUUUCGGGAAACAAGAAAAAAAGACCGAUGUCAACACGCAGAUAGACCGCACCAAGCGGACAAAUGUGUCUGCCAAGCUACCGCCGAUGAUGACAAGGCGGACUUGAUUAGCGACGAGCAAGCUAACGUUCAUACUGGGGCUGAAGAUCGAAAAGACAAGAGUGAGAGCGACAGCGAUAAUGAUUCUGAUGAUUCUGACUCGGACGAUGACGAUGAGGAUGAGUUCCCUGUCUCGCAUGAGCUCGUCCUUAAAACUCAUGAGCGCGCCGUGACAACUCUCACCGUGGACCCAUCAGGCUCGCGUUUAAUCACAGGGUCAACAGAUUGUACGAUUAAACUACAUGAUUUCGCUUCGAUGACACCUUCGACGGUGCGCGCCUUCAAGUCCGUUGAUCCUACCGCGAAAAAACAGUCUGCUGCACAGGAGGCGCAUUCCGUGCAUUAUGCUGCGUUCAAUCCCCUGUCGCCAAGCUAUGUUAUGGUCGUUUCUGCUACACCCCAGCCGAGAAUCCUUGAUCGCGACGGCGAGACAGUUACUGAGUUUGUGAAAGGAGACAUGUACUUGAGAGAUCUUCAUAAUACCAAGGGGCAUAUAUCGGAGGUUACCAGCGCUGCAUGGAGUCCCACUGACGAGAACUUGUGUGCUACUGCCGGAUCAGAUAGUACGGUACGUAUAUGGGACGCCAAUAUUGGGCGGUCACAGAAAGAAGUCAUUAUGCAUAAGUCAAGAGCGGCUGGAUCCGCUGGUCGGAGCAAGAUGACUGCUGUUGCAUGGGGUUCCCCAAAGCAAGGUGGACCUAAUAUACUUGUUGCUGCUGCCCUUGACGGAAGUUUAAUGAUGUGGAGUGGCAAUGGACCAUUUACUCGGCCUAGUGGUGAGAUUCGGGAUGCCCAUACGCGUGACACAUGGACUAGCGGGCUGGAUAUCAGCUCUGACGGAAGACUGGUUGUCACCAAGGGCGGAGACGACACCAUCAAGCUCUGGGAUACUAGGAAGUUCAAGCAACCGAUUACAACAGUGACACACCCAUCAAGCUCCUCCCGAUACCCGACUUCGAACAUCGUAUUCUCACCCACGUCCGCGAAUGUCCUCACGGGCUCGGAAACUGGCCAUUUACACAUCUUGAACCCCGCUACAUUGAAACCGGAAUUGGUCACACCGGUCACACCGGGUUCGCCUUUGAUUACAGUUCAAUGGCAUGAGAAACUCAAUCAGAUCCUCACGGGCUCCGCCAAUGCUGAGACACAUGUACUCUACAACCCUGAUAUGUCGUCCAAGGGUGCCGCUUUGGUUAUGUCCAAAGCACCCAAACGCCGGCACAUCGAUGAUGACCCGAACCUUACCAUGGAUCUUUCGCAAGGUAUCUCGGGCGACAACGUUGUCGUCGGAUCGAACGGUGUGCCCCAUUAUAGCUCGGCAACCUGGUCUUCCCGACACCCAACCGUUGGGCUCACAGCCUCGGGGCGGCCCAGGGAUCCACGGAGACCUCAUCUGCCGGCAACGACUCCCUUCGCCAAGUCACAGCCGGAUGAGAAACAUAUCCGAGAGAAUAUUCCUCUCAGUUCGAUGCGCGAUGAGGAUCCCCGAGAAGCGUUGCUGAAGUACGCCGAGAAGGCCGAGAAGGACCCAGUUUUCACUAAGGCAUGGAAGGAAACUCAGCCGAAGACGAUAUAUCGGGAGCUUAGUGACGAUGAAGGCGAGCCAGAACCGGAUAAAAAAAGAGCCAGGCGAUGA